UUGUCAACAAAUAUUGGACCCCUUUCAUUGUCAUCACACCCCACCCCCCCCUUAACCCCCUUCCCUCAAUUUCCACCAUUUUUUUUCUCCCAAAUCUUCCCUGUUCCCUGCAAAAUCUCAGCAAAACUCAAUUUUGGAAGAUGAGUAUUUCAAGAAACUCAGGUGGGGUUGGAGGGGUAGUGGGUGGUGUUGAUAUGCUGAGUGAAAGAGCAAGAAUGAUGAGAGAUUCAUUGCAGAAGAGUCAGUCUAUUACUGACAAUGUUGUGAACAUUUUGGGUUCCUUUGAUCAUCGUCUUUCUGCUCUUGAAACUGCUAUGCGUCCUACCCAGAUAAGGACUCAUGCUAUUAGGACGGCUCAUGGAAACAUUGACAAGGCUUUAAAGGCUGCUGAGGUUAUACUGUCCCAAUUUGAUAUUUCUCGUCAGGUUGCUCUAGCCUCUAAUGUUUGUUAUGUCGUUAAUUUGCUUAGAUCUGAUAGAGAUACUCCUUUUAGUUUCCUUGAUUGA